AUGCCAGAAUAUUUAACAGCAGAUCAAUUAAAACAAAUACUGGAUGAGAAACUGGACCAGAAGUUAAUACCGUUGAAUUUGAAAGUUUCUGAACUCAGUUCCAUACUCGAUGAUGCAAUGAACUUCAUGGACUUCAUUAAUCUGGCUAACUAUAAGUAUGAAGAAGUAAUUACGAAACUUAAAUCUCGUGAAAUAGAGAGAAUUGAGAUCCAGGAAGAAAACAAGAUUUUAAAGAGGGCCUUACAACAAAUUGAAAGCCAACUACUUCAAUUAAAAAACUCAUAUUUUGACCUUGAGAAAUAUACUCUCGCAAGAGAGUGUGUGGAAAUUCAAGAUAUACCAGCCCCCUGA